AUGAAUCGGAAGGUUGGGUCUGAAUUUGACUGCUAUGUCGUUCUCUCUCUCCACACGGCGACGGCAAGGAUCUGCCGCACAAAAACUGUGUCCAACAGUAGAAACCCAGAGUGGAAUGAAACUUUUACCUUCAGGGUUCCCACCCAAGUGAAAAAUGUUUUGGAGAUCAAGCUGUGUGAUGAGGACUCCCUGACAUAUGAUGACCUGAUUUGCACUGUUCUGUUUGACGUCAGCAGCCUCACUAUAGGGAAGAAGGAGACCAAGGCCUUCCCCAUAAAUCCUGAGGACACGGUGGAUUUAGACCUGGAAACACAUGAAUGCAAGGAGGAACAUCUCGCGGUUCGCCUGAACUUUGACAUCCCAGCACAAGAGAAAGAGUAUCUGAAAAAGAGGGAAUUUGUUGUGGAACAGGCUUUGCAGGAGCUUUUAGGCAUCAGCUCUCUACUUGAAUCCAGCAAGGUGCCAACUAUAGCAGUAGUGGCUUCAGGGGGAGGAGCCAGAGCAAUGACAGGCAUGCUUGGUAGUCUGAGAGGCCUACAGGAAAUAGGGGUCCUGGAUGCUACCAGUUACAUCACUGGUGUUUCUGGAUCCACAUGGGCUAUGUCUACUCUGUAUCAGGAAGCUAAAUGGUCACAGGACAUAGACAGUAUCAUCUCAGCAGCAAAGGACCAGAUGACGAAGAGCGUCCUGAGUGUCUUCUCUCCUGAGAAACUGCAGUAUUACAGUGAAGAAAUGGCAGAGAAAGGAAACGAGGGUUACAUUGUGUCACUUAUUGAUAUGGCAGGCCUAAUCCUUGAGCAUCUGGUCUUUGGGAAAAAAGUCACCAGUACCCUGUCUGGGCAGCAGGGAGCAGUGAAUGAAGGCCAAAACCCAUUACCCAUAUACACUGCUGUCAAUAUGAAAGAUGGCUGUGAAUCUGAAGCUGAGUGGUGUGAGUUUACCCCCUAUGAAGUAGGCAUCCAGAAGUAUGGGGCUUUUGUGCGAACUGAGGACUUUGGGAGUGAGUUCUUCCUUGGUCAUAUGGUCAAGAAACUGCCAGAAGUCCGCAUCCCUUAUCUGAUGGGAAUAUGGAGCAGUGCCUUUUCUUUUAACCUGACCCAGCUGUGGAAGAUUGCUAUGGGAUACCCACCCCCUUGGAACCCUUUCCUGGAGCCAGAUGUCAGCAGCAUAGAGGUUGACUUUGAACCUUCAACUCUGGACACAAGCAUCUUAAACCCAACGAUCGCAAACAUGUUGACUAAUUUCUUCAAGGAUCGUCCAGUCAUUGCUGAAAUGUAUAAUUUUAUGCGGGGUCUCCUCCUGCACAGGGAAUACAAUAAACACAGCAAUUUUAAUGCUUGGAAAGCCGCACAUCCAGAUGCCUUCCCAAAUCAGCUAACACCCAAUGACCCUACUCUGUGCCUGGUUGAUUCUGGUCAUGCCAUCAACAUUGGGUGUGUGCCUGUCCUGCGACCAGAGAGAGAUGUUGAUGUCAUCAUAUGUCUGAGUUACUCAUGGGACCCAGAUCACAUCCUCAAUGUGAUAGAGAAGACAGCUGCUUACUGUAAAGACCAUGACAUCCCCUUUCCCAGUGCGGAUUUUGCCAGUCUGGAAAAGGAGCCUCAGAAGGAGGUCUACAUCUUCGAGGAUGAGGAGAAUCCCAAGGCCCCAAUAGUGGUUCAUUUCCCACUUGUCAAUGAGAAUCCCAAGGCCCCAAUAGUGGUUCAUUUCCCACUUGUCAAUGUCACAUACAAACACUUCAAAAGUCCUGGUGUAAAGCGUGAGACUGAAGAAGAAAUGAGAGCUGGGGAGGUGGAUGUGAGCAGCAGCAGCUCUCCAUACACCACCAAGAACAUGACCUACACAAAAGAGGAUUAUGAGGCUCUGGUGGACUUGACCACUUAUAAUGUGUUAAAUAACAAAGAGAGCAUCACCAAGGCCAUCCACAAGUCCCUGAAGAGGAAGGCAUCCAAGAUGAAUAAAUAGGAGAAAUAUUUCUCCUAGUUAUCAUUUUUAUAAGCAGCAUAAGUAAAUAUCUGCUCAGUUUGUACCUUAGCAUGUUGCCUUCAGUUACCUUAAAACAUAUAAAAAUGUUGAUUGCCAGACCUCCAUUAAACCGAGGCAUCAUGCUGAGAGUACAGCUCAACAUGAGUCAUUUGUGUAGGUGUUAGUGGUGCCUACUUACUCUAGCCACUGAUUUAAUUAGAUUUGAAGAAGACAAUCUAACCACAGUUAUUAUGCACUGUACAUUUGCAGGUUACUGUACACAAUACAUAUUUGGGUUACUUACAGUUAGUUAUAAUGCUUAUUUUAGUAUAAUUUCUAGCACUUUAUUAUUUAUUUAUAUAUGUAUAUGUGUAACAUUUAAGUUGCUAAUCAUGCUACCUUUUGUGAAGAGUAAUUGUAGUUCCUACUUGCCUUGUUUACGGGGGACACUUAUGAGUUUUACAGACUCAUAAUAAAGAUUCAUAAUGAAACAGAUUAGAACGUUGCAGGGAAAAGUUGCAGCAGUGUAAACUGGUUCUCUCAGCUCGACUCAAGCCAGCUGAUGGCUUAGCAUGCAAAUCAGCUUGUCAGAUCUCCAGUUUAGAACAUGUAGAAGCAAUCAAUUUGUUUGACACAACCCUUAAAAUUUAACAAUGCACCCAUGGCUGGCUUCAAAUCUUACCCCCAUUCAAUAAAAUGCAAGUGUAGCAAGUAAAGCCCAGUUCAGACCAAAGAGUUUCAACGAGAUGAAACCACUUUAGAGCGUUACAGGGAAGUUGCAACAAAUUCAGAUUCACACAUUUAUGAUUGUUUUUAUAUAACGGUUAAUAUCUGUUUGUAUGAGCUCUUUCCAUGCCAAUAAA